AUGGACGGGCUGCACCUUUGUUUGAUUGUUUUCUUAGUAUCCUGCAGUCAUGAUUGGAUCUCUGGAUCAGAGUUGGAGGUGACAGUCAGAGCAGGAGACAACAUCACUCUCUACUGUGACUGCAAGUUAUCAAGUGGAGUUUACGUAGUGUGGUACAGGAACUGCUCUCAUGACAACCAGCCUUCUCUUGUCCUUGAAAGUAUUUCAUGGACAAAAACAAAAACCACUACGAUUGAAAACUUCCUGAAUCCCCUCCCUCGUUUCCACUUUGUGAAAAACUAUUCCUCUGACUCCUACGACCUGCUGAUCAGUAACAUCACUGACUCUGAUGAUGGCCUCUACUACUGUGGAACUGAAGAGAAUAAGCUGGAGGAUGAACAAUACAUUACUAGCAGAUCUGUUUACCGAUAUGGCAACACAACAACAAGGAUCUUAUUCAAUUCCAGCUCUGAAUCCAGUGGAUGCAGUGUGUCCUGGAUUAUGCUGUUCACUCCAGCCUUCACUAUUCUCUCCUCCUCCAUCUCCUUUAUUUUGGUGUAUCACUUCUUUCAGAAAACAGAUAAGGAACCUCAAAUUCUCCAGAAAAGAUUUGACAUCAGGGCACAAACAAGAUUGGAUCAGGAUGAAGAUGUGUGUUUCACAAGAGUUGUGUUCCGAGCUACGGAUGGACAAACACACCAAUAGGCAGAGAAUGGACAGCACAAGCACAUUUGCUUUAUUCAAGCAGAAACCAAAUAAAAUGCAAUGAGUUCAAAUUCAUCUCCACAGUUUAAGUUGUUUUUCUGUCCAGUUGCUGUCCUGUGCUUUAAGACACGUGCCAAUCUGUUAUCAGGCUUAUAAUCAU